GUACCCAGAAGGAACAAAAACUCCCAAUUCUCCUGACAGCAUACAAAGACUGAGCUAUGGGAUUUGCCACUUUUUAUACGGGCUUCCUGGUGGCCUGUUUCAUCAUACAAGGUCUGGAAGCAAUAUCUUGUCCCUUGAAAUGGUUCCUGUUUGAGCAGCAUUGUUAUGGAUUUUUCGAGAACAAACUGACCUGGAACGAUGCAGAGACAGAAUGUACUUCCUUUGGCAAAGGUGCCCACCUUGCUUCCAUUCUCUCAGAACGGGAAAUGGACACCAUAUCUUCUUCUAUGCUCACUGGCUAUGAGGAGAAUUUUAGAAUCUGGAUUGGACUGUACAAAAUCCGGGGUGGGAAGCUACGACUGAGAUGGUUAGAUGCAUCCGUGGUGAGUUACACUCCUUGGGCACGAAACCAACCUUCCAACUGCAAAAGGAAUCAAAAGUGUGUUGAACUAUAUGCCAACGACUAUAAAGCAUGGAAUGACCAGUUUUGUAAUAUCAAACAGCCAUAUCUGUGCAAGAUGCCAAUGUACUAAAUGUAGCUGGAAGCACCUUGGAAGGUUGUAAGCCAGAAUCUCCCUGGCUACUUCAACUUCAGCCUGCUGACCCACAGAACAAGCCUGUGCAUCAGGCUUUCUUUUCCAUUUGGUGUCACUAAUCAAUAAACUCUAAUCCAAGUGCGGAUGAGGCU